AUGUCCUCGCCUUCACAACAACCCAUAAAAGGCCGUCUGAUCUCCCACUUCGAGAACCGCCCCACACCAUCCCACCCAAAAGCAUGGUCUGACCUGUGGGAUUCGGGCAAGAGUUCCCUCUGGGAUAGAGGGAUGCCUUCGCCUGCACUCAUUGACUUACUGGAGUCGUACCAGGACACGCUUCUGCACCCGUUUGAGAUCGAUAUAGAGGAUGAGGAAGACAGUAGUGAUGCAGGUAAAACGAGGAAAAGGAAGAGGGCGCUUGUUCCAGGCUGCGGGCGCGGCUACGAUGUCAUAACCUUUGCGCUGCAUGGGUUCGACGCGUGCGGCCUGGAGGUUUCUACUACUGCUGUUUCAGAGGCGAGAGCCUUCGCGAAGAAGGAGCUUUGUUCUCCGCAGUCCGGGAACUUCGGUAGAAGGUUUGAUAGAGAGCGUGCUAGACAUAUAGGAGUCGGGAAAGCGCAAUUCUUGCAGGGCGAUUUCUUCACUGAUACUUGGAUUGAAAAUGAGAGUACCGGUCUGGAUCAGGGUAGGACUGAGAAUGGCAAGUUCGAUUUGGUGUAUGAUUAUACGUUUUUAUGCGCCCUCCACCCCGCCCAACGCACCCGCUGGGCGGAGCGGAUGGCGGACCUCUUACGUCCCGGCGGAUUGCUGGUUUGCCUCGAGUUCCCGAUGUACAAGGAUCCAGCGCUGCCAGGGCCGCCGUGGGGUGUAAACGGGAUACAUUGGGAGCUGCUGGCUGGCGGUGAUACAGGACAAGGGAAGUUUACCAGGAAGGCGUAUGUGCAGCCUGAAAGGACGUUUGAGGUUGGGAGGGGGACGGAUAUGAUUAGUGUUUAUGAAAGGAAGUAG